AUGUCUGUCGAAGUCAUCCAGACCAUCUCCCCAAACACCAACGAGGCCAUCAUCACUCGCAAUGGCCCCUCGGCUGAAGAGAUAGACAGUCUGCCCAAGACUUCCGCUGAGGCUUUCAAGACUUGGAGCAAGACCUCUCUGGCGGAGAGACAGGAAAUCAUCAAGAAGGCGCUCAAAUUGCUUGCCGACAACACUGAUGAGCUGGCCCUCGAGUUGACUACCCAGAUGGGCAGGCCUAUUGCUUAUGGAGCAAAGGAAGUGUCCACAGCCAUCAGCCGGUCCGAGUAUCUUGUCAAGAUAAGCGAGGAGGUGCUCAAGGACACUGAUGGCGAGCCGGAGAAAGGAUUCAAGAGGUUUAUUCGCAAGGUCCCCGUUGGGCCUGUGCUUGUCCUCUUCGCGUGGAACUAUCCGUACCUCAUCCUUGUUAACUCUCUCAUCCCUGCUCUUCUUUCAGGCAACACAGUCAUCCUGAAGCCGUCGCCGCAGACGCCUACUAUUGUGGAGCAAGUUUCCAAGGCCUUCACCCAGGCAGGCCUGCCCUCAGGCGUCCUUCAGUACUUCCAUGCCGGCUCGCCCACAACGAUCGAGUCUCUCGUUCGCAACCCUUUGAUAUCCCUGGUGUGCUUCACCGGCUCAGUCGCCGGCGGUCUUGCCGUGCAAAAGGCAGCCUCAGACCGCAUUGUGGACGUUGGCCUGGAACUUGGUGGCAAGGACCCUGCCUAUAUCCGAAGUGAUGUAGACAUUGCUUGGGCGGCAGAGGAAAUUGUCGACGGAGCCAUAUUCAACUCUGGCCAGAGUUGCUGCUCCAUCGAACGGGUCUAUGUUGACGAGACGAUUCACGACAAAUUCGUCGAGGCCGUUCAGGUUGUCCUCAAGAGCUACAAGCUUGGCGAUCCAUUUGACAAGACCACAAACAUUGGACCUGUCAUCUCGACGAGGUCAAAGGCAGCCAUUGAGGCACACGUCAAAGACGCAGUCGACAAAGGCGCGAAGGACGUGACGCCUGAGAACGAAUCGUUCAGUAACCCUCCUCCAAAGGGAAACUUUGUCAAGCCUACCCUGCUGACCGGCGUCACGCACGAAAUGGCUGUCAUGACGGAGGAGACCUUCGGCCCAGUCAUUCCUGUGAUGAAGGUCAAGAACGACGAGGAGGCUGUCAAGCUCAUGAACGACAGCGAGUUUGGCUUGACCGCCAGUAUCUGGACCAAGGACACUGAUAAGGCGUAUGAGCUGGCCGGAGAUGUCGAAGCUGGUACCGUGUUUGUGAAUCGUUGUGAUUUCCCCAGUCGCGAUCUGGCGUGGACUGGUUGGAAGAACUCAGGCAAGGGACAAACCUUGAGCCGAUUCGGAUUCGAUCAGUUUGUGAAGCUGAAGAGCUUCCACCUGAAGGAUUACCCCAAAUAA